CAUCUCACUUCAGUCCUCAGCGAGAGGUGCGAGACUAAACUGUGAGAGUGAUUUAUAUCGACGAAAACAAAACAAAACAAAAACAACUGAAAGUGAACCGGUACGGGAGCCUCCAUGGUCAAAAGCUAGUUUGAGAAGUCUCAUGCAUAGUCGUACUUUUUUUAAUUACGAGUAUUUCAUUAUUUAUCUUACUUGAGAGCUUUUGCUCCUCCGUUUUGUUUCUGUACCGGACACGGCCGCGCGGACUGUACCUGUGGGAUGGCUCGUGCUGGGAGAUGAGCAGCGCGUGGUGUUUGGGUGCUCGGGGCGCGAGAGGAGGUGUGCACGCUGAGGCCACACGGUGAGUGAGGGCUCAGACUGCCUCAUGAGUCGGGCCUCCUCUGUGAUCUGGUCCCCUCCGACCCCCAUCCUCCCAGCAUCAGUGGGAUGUCCCAGGUGUGUCUCCUCUUGGCCCUGCUUAUGCUCUGUAGCUGCACAAAGGUCUCCUUUGCCAACUCCCUGGAGCUUGUGAAGGAGCACUGGAGCAGCUACAAAAACCAGUGUCUGGAUAACAUCAACACCACGCCCCCCGCCACAGGGCUGGUGUGUAACCGGACCUUUGACUUGUACGCCUGCUGGCCUGAUGGACUCCCAGGAACCACAGUCAACGUCUCUUGCCCAUGGUUCCUGCCAUGGUACCGUAAAGUUCAACAGGGUCUGAUCUACAGAGUCUGCAAUGAAGAUGGCCAAUGGGCUCGAAAGAAUACCAGCGAAUGUGAGGACGACCCGGGUGAGCAGCAGUACGGCCGCAUCCUCAGUCAGUUACGCAUCAUGUACACAGUGGGCUACUCGCUCUCCCUGGGGGCUCUUCUACUGGCCCUGGCCAUCCUCAUCUCUUUCAGGAAGCUCCACUGUAUGAGAAACAACAUCCACAUGAACCUGUUCGCCUCGUUCAUCCUAAGAGCCGUGUCCAUCCUGGUCAAAGACGCCCUGCUGACCCUCACACUGGACCCCACCGCCAGCGGUGACACCCGGACACAAGCUCUGGUGAACAUACCGGCUGUGACAUGGUGUCGAGGUGCCAUGGUGAUGAUGCAGUACAGCGUGAUGGCCAACAACUACUGGCUGCUGGUGGAGGGCAUCUACCUGCACAGCCUGCUGGUCAUCACCGUGUUCAGCGAGAGGAAGUACUUCUACAUUUACCUCGCCAUUGGCUGGGGUGCACCACUCAUAUUCGUGUUGCCGUGGAUCACAGUGAAAUAUCUGUAUGAGAAUGAAGAGUGCUGGGAGAGGAACAUUAACAUGGGGUACUGGUGGAUCAUUCGUUCUCCCAUACUGUUUGCUUAUCUGAUAAACUUCUUCAUUUUCAUCCGGAUUAUCAAAAUCCUCAUGUCUAAACUCAGAGCUCAUCAGAUGAGAUACACUGACUACAAGUUCAGAUUAGCAAAGUCCACUCUGACCCUCAUCCCUCUGCUUGGGAUUCAUGCCAUCCUCUUCACCUUCGUCAUUGACGAGUCCGUCCCCAAAGGUUCCAUGCUGCGGCUCAUUCGUCUCUUCUGUGACCUGCUGUUCAACUCCUUCCAG